AUGGUGUAUGUUAUUACAUCCCCCGGACUGACUGACUUUAACCCGCCCCUGCGCCUGGCAGGCGGGCGCAGCCGCUGCGAGGGCAGGGUUGAGGUCCGGCACCAGGGCGUGUGGGGCACGGUGUGCGACGAUCGCUGGAACAUCAAGGACGCCCGCGUCGUGUGCCGCGUCCUGGGCUGCGGGCGCGCGCUGGGCGCCCCGGGGCGCGGCAGCUUCGGCGCGGGCUCCGGGCCCAUCCUGCUGGACAACGUGCGCUGUGCGGGCACCGAGGAUGCGCUGGAGCGCUGCGCCCACGCGGGCUGGGCUCGGCACAACUGCCAUCACGGGGAGGAUGCGGGCGUGGUCUGCGCAGGUCCAGCUGACUCUGUUGUACCCAAGGACAAUGCCCAGCUCUCCUGCCUGCCUCACCUCUUCCAAGUCGUCAUUGACCGAGGCUACCUCCGGAGGCUGGGCUACUCCUCCUGGGACAUCCAUUUAAAUGAUGAGCUGUGUCGCCCCCAACUCACAGGGCGCUACCUGAUCUUCAACAUUCCCUAUGGCCACUGUGGCACCAUCCGACAGGAAAGCCUCGGCUCCCUCAGCUACUCCAACUCCGUCAGAGGCCGGACACGGGGCCAUCCCGGCCGAGUCACUGUGCGGCACAAGGUGCCUCAGCUCAAGUUCACCUGCAGGGUGGACGGCCAGUCAGCAGUUGAAAUCAUCCCUGGGGCUGACAUCCCAAGGGAGGGUGCCAGCUAUGAUGUGUCCAUAUCAUUCCUCGAGUUGCCCAUGUCCCAGCAUACUGGGAGCAGGGGGCCCUACUACGCCAGCCAGAAGAAAGAGGUCUUCCUCCAGGCCACACUCCACAGUGCCAAUCCCAGCCUGAGGCUCUUUGUGGAUACCUGUGUGGCUUCUCCAGACCCUGGUGAUUUUACAACUGUCAAAUAUGAUUUGAUCCGGCAAGGGUGCAUCAAAGACAAUACUUAUGUCAACCUCCGUUCCCACCAGAAGAACGUAGCCCAGUUCAAGUUCAACGUGUUCAGCUUUCUCACCAGCUACGAUGUGAUCUAUCUGCAGUGUAAGGUCGCUGUGUGCAAAGUGGGGGACCGCUCCUCCCACUGCUCCCAGGGCUGUGCAGAGUGGGGUAAGAGGGGCACAGGCCCCCUGGAGGCCACAGAAGAGCAGACUGAGCAUUUCCAAACGGUGGGGCCACUGGAAAUCCACAAAAGAACUGAUCAAAGAAGGACCCUUGUGUGAUUUCUCCAAGUUUCACAUGAAUCUGUUAGGAAUUAGAAGCAAAGUCUUUUUCUCUUCAGCAAAGU